GGUUGUCAGGCUGGUAUGGAUACUAAGACUCCACCGAUAGCGUUCAAGCAUCAGGAGAAGAAGGUCCAAGCUUGCAGAGCUGACAGGACCGCUAAAGCUGGAGAUCUAUCAUUGCCUCCCCUUACGCCACUGCCAAACGGAAGUGCUAAAAAUAAGUCUGCAAUUUUUGGUGUACAAUGGAAUAAACGGGUACCUUGUGUUGAUAAGAGCCAGGAACGGACCAAGAAACGGCCUUACAGAGUACUUCAAAUUGGAGCAACUCCAUUAAUGCACGCCUGCCAGCAAGGUGACAGAUCACGCGUGUUAAGAUUAUUAAAGGAACAAGAAGAAACAAUAGGAUAUCGUGAUCGUACCCUGAGGAACGCACUCCACUACUGCAUGGACGCGGCAACAGGAGGUGCAGUAGCUUCUACUGCACCGGAACUCGUUAACGCUGUCGACGCUGAAGGACAUACUCCCCUUCAUCUCGCAGUUAUAGCUGGAGACACGCAAUUAGUGGCAGUUUUGCUAGCUAAUGGAGCGGAUGUCAACGCGAAAGACUUGGAAGGACACAGUGUACUUCACUGGGCCACUGUUUGUGGAGAAGCAGAAUGUGUAAGAUUGGUGCUAGCUGCUGGAGCCAGACCUUCUACGCCAGAUUUAAGAGGCGGAUCACCUUUGCAUUACGCUGCUCAAUGUUGUGGUGCAGCGGUCACAGCAGAGCUAUCUGUUCCCAAGAAAAUCGGGUUGAAGGUAUUGCAUACUCUUCUUGAGUUUGGUGCAAAUGUAAACGCAAAAGACGAGGAUGGUCGACAACCAAUUUUGUGGGCAGCUAGUGCUGGAAGUGUAGAAGCAGUAUUGGCUCUAGCUAGAACAGGAGGAUCAGCGGCUGCAGGAGCUACGGACAAGGAUGGCUUGACUGCGUUGCAUUGCGCAGCUUCUAGAGGUCACGCGAGGUGUGUAGAAGCGUUGGUUAAUUUUUGUGGCGCUCAACCGGAUCAUGUUGAUGAUAAUGGAUGCUCCGCGCUUCAUUAUGCAGCUACUCUGGGUCAUGCAGAUGCUACUGCGCUUCUUCUCAGGCUUGGAGCUGAUCCAAACCGGCAGGAUCGAAAAGGAAGAACACCUGCUUUGUGUGCUGCUGCCAAAGGGCAACUUGAGACUCUGAAGAUACUUGCGCUACAUGGAGGCUCGCUGCAUGCAAGAACUGUUCGUGGAACUGGAGUAGCUCAUGAAGCUGUAUUGUCCGGAAGAAUAGAGCUUAUAGAAUGGCUGGCGAGGAAGAAACCCGCGACUCUUGAUGUAGCGACACACGAUGGUAGGACUCCGUUGCAUGUUGCUGCGCUUCAUGGGUACUUGGAUGCUUGCAAAGUACUUCUUGAUCAUGGAGCCAGGAUAAAUUCUGUUUUUCGGACCAGUAAAAGUGGUCCAAUGACUCCGCUUGAUGCUGCUUUGUAUCGGGGUCAUCGAGACUGUGCGAAGCUUAUUCAAAUGCAC